CCUUCAUAGAAUCCAAUCCGUUAGUGCAGUUAGAGGCUUCUAUUAACUCACUUAUCAUCUACCCGCCACUAAACACCAAAACCCAACACACACUCUCACCUUCACCUUCAAACCCUUCAAUGGCUUUGUCAAGCACAAAGCUACAAAGGUUCCUCUUCAGCAAACUCCAUGGCCGUUCCACCAUCUCCAAGAACGCCCACAGAAGCAGCUUCACCAUCGGAAACAGCACUACCCGGUGCUGCUCCGCCAUAGCCAUUGAUGCCCCAUCAUCUAUGACUGAGACUCCUGCUAUAAGAUGGGGAUCGGUUUCUCUGCAGGGUCCCCGUGAAGAGAUGGAAGAUGAUAUCGUUGUUCGAUCUGAUGGGCUUGAUGGGUUCUCUUUUGCUGCUGUGUUUGAUGGCCAUGGAGGGUUUUCUUCUGUUGAGUUUCUCAGGGAUGAGCUGUACAAGGAGUGUCUUGAAGCUUUACAAGGUGGGUUACUAUUAGCUGGGAAAGAUUUCAAAGCCAUUAAAGAAGCACUAGAGGAGGCAUUUAUCAAGACUGACGCAAGGUUAUUAAAAUGGCUUGAAAUGAAUGGGGAGGAUGAUGAAUCGGGUGCUACAGCAACUGCAAUGUUCACAGGAGAUGAUGAGCUGCUAAUUGCACAUAUUGGUGACUCAUCUGCGGUUCUAUGCAGAUCUGGAAAAGCAGAAGUGCUGACUAGUCCACACAGACCAUGUGGGAGUAACAAGACUUCCCUCCAAGAAAUCAAGAGAAUCAGAGAAGCAGGUGGAUGGCUUAACAAUGGUAGAAUUUGUGGAGACAUUGCUGUAUCUCGUGCAUUUGGGGACCAGCGAUUCAAAACAAAGAAGAAUGAAAUGCUGCAAAAAGGAGUUGAGGAAGGAACAUGGUCAAAAAAGUUUAUUUCUCGUGUACAGUUCAACAAUGACUUGGUUGUUGCAUUCCCUGAUGUUUAUCAAGUAGCACUUGGCUCAGAUACAGAAUUUGUAGUACUAGCAUCUGAUGGCUUAUGGGAUUACAUGAGCAGUUCAGAUGCAGUUUCUUUUGUGAGGGAUCAGCUACGGAAACACGGAAACAUACAGCAAGCUUGUGAAGCGCUUGCAAACGCAGCUCUGGAUCGGCGUACACAGGAUAAUGUCAGCAUUAUAAUUGCUGAUUUAGGGAGGACAGACUGGCAGAAUGCGCCUGUACAGCGACAAAAUGUUGUAUUUGAGCUAGUCCAAGCGCUUGCUACCAUUGGAAUUGUGUCUUUUGGAAUUUGGUUUUCAUCACAGCUUUCUUUAUAGAUUCAUAAAAAAAUAGGCUGUCUUGUACAUAACCAAACACAUACUUGAACUUCCUGCUUGUAUAAUCUAAAGUGUACAUGUCUCA